AAUAUUAAUUGCUCGUAGCUGCUAUAAGAAUGCGCCGCGUUUUUCCAGGAACAAAUCGAUGGAUCGGGGCGUCGAGCGCGGAGCAGGAGGCGCAGCCCUGGGGCCGCCCGGGUGAGACCCCGAGCCCUCCCGGAGGAGGGGAACCUGCCCCGCGGCUGCGGCUCAGCGCGCCCCGCAAAGAUGAGUUUGGAGGAGCGAGUGCGCCGCGGACAACCUGGAUGAGCGGGGAGAGGCUGGGGCUGCCCCCGCGGCCGGGCCAGCAGCACCCCGGGCGCGGUGGCCCCUCACGGUCUCCCCUCACGGCGGCGCCGGGCCUGGCCCGGGCCUGCUCCGUGGCAGGGCCGGGGGAGCCUCUGUGGGCCGAGCACCCCGGGCGCGGUGGCCCCUCACGGUCACCCCGGGCCCCUCACAGUGACCCCGGGCGCGGUGGCUCCUCACGGUCACCCCGGGCCCCUCACGGUCGCCCCUCACGGCGGCGCCGGGCCCGGGCCGGGCCUGCUCCGUGGCGGGGCCAGGGGAGCGUCUGUGGGCCGAGGCGGAGUAAACCCGGUUAA